GAUAUUUCAAAGUGGUGUUGAUUGGGCCCAAACCAUGGGACAGAAAGCAUCUCAGCCACUGGCCUUGAAUGACAGCAUUUGUGAGGGAUCCAGUGAGGCCAUCGUCCAUGCAGCUCAGAAACUGAAGGAAUAUCUGGGGGUCGAGUAUCCCUUGUGCAGCCUAUGCCCUGCUUUGAGUACACUCAAUGAGAUCUUCUUAAUCUCCUUCAUCACCUUCUGCCAAGAAAGGGGGCUUGGAGAGUGGGUCACCACCACCAAAAUGACCAAGCAUCAAGCCUUCCUGUUUGGGGCAGACUGGAUUUGGACCUUUUGGGGAUCUGAUAAACAAAUAAAGCUUCAGAUUGCAGUACAGACUCUACAAAUGGCGUCCCUUCCUCCCGUAGGACCAAAGCCUUGUAAUUCCUUCAAUCCAGAUGCCCAAGUGCAAGAGUCUUGGAAGAAGAGCAGGUUUGACCAACUGGAAGAGUUUUGUGAUCUGAUUGGAGAGGAUUGUCUGGGCCUGUUCAUCAUCUUUGGUAUACCAGGAAAACCCAAAGACAUCCGGGCAGUGGUCCUGGACAGUGUCAGGAACUGGACAGUAAAGAGUCAGCUGCCAGGAAGGAAGGUUGUAGAACAUUUUGUCUUAGAAACCAAUGACUGCGUCUCUAUCAAAGAGCUUCUUGGAAACUGUCUGAGUAAGAAAAAUGGGCUGAGAAAGGUGGGCAAGGUGUAUAUUAGCAUCCUCUGAACUGGGUAUGUGUGUUGGGUGUGGCUGGCCCUUAAGGGGGAAAGGGCUUUUUAUUCUUUUAAGCAAAAAGUCAUCUGUUAAGCCAGCAUGGGAUUUUUUUCCUUCCUCAAAAUGAUGUACCUGGGUCAAAACAGGCUCGAGUCACAAUGAUGGAGAGAAACAAAAGCUGGUUAAUUGAAUUUUAGGGAAAAAAGAAAGUUGAAUCUUCAUGUAUUUGUUCAA